ACUUUGUGUGCUUUUGGACUUUCUAACUUUACAGUAAAAUAUAUAAGAUGUAAUGAAGAUUUUGAACUUUCGUCAGGGUUAGAGUGGGUCCUUCUGAGGACGUUCUGUGGAGCUUUUUUUUUUUUUACUGUAGAGCUGAUGUUAUUUGUAUUUAUUUAUUAAUUCCCAUCCAACAUGAGUGUGCCUGCGAUUUGCAAUGGUUACAGUUUACACAAGAGUCCCACUGUGACUCCUAAAAGGGUUCGCUUUCAGGAUCUUAGUGAGUGUGAUGAAGUGAUCAGUAACCCAGAAAAAAUGGACAGCCUGAAGAGGAACGCUCCUGAUCAUGGCCGCCAGACCCAUCAGGUGCUACAGGGUACCCCACUGGACCUGAUAGAGACAGGCAAAACCCUCAAAGUCCAAGCAGAGCGUCCUCAUCUGGUCAGUUUGGGAAGUGGACGUCUGAGCACAGCCAUCACACUAUUACCUAUACCUGAAGGUAAAACAGUUCUCGGCCAUGGAAACACUGACAUCAAUAUCCAGGGUCCAGGAGUGGCUGCUCUGCACUGUUAUAUUGAAAACAAGGCAGGAGCCAUUACCCUCUUUCCCUGUGGCAACCUGUGCUGUGUGGAUGGCCAAGAAGUUAAAACACCUGUACGACUGUCUCAAGGGUGCAUGCUUUGUUUUGGCCAGUCUGUCUUUUUUCGCUUCAACCACCCAGAGGAGGCUUUCAGGAUGAAAAGUAUGAUGCCAGAAGGAAAUGCUGGGCUCAGCAACACCUACAGAGGACAUUCAGAGACUCAUGGUCUGCUUAAUGGACACCAUAAGCCUGUACGACAUGAGAGGGCUCGUCCAGACCAUGGUCCACUUGCCUGCUCUAUAGAGAAGGACCUUCAGAACAUCAUGGACUCUUUAACUCUGAAUGACUCUCAGUCCUCCACAACAAUGCUUGGAAAACACUCUGAGCAUCCCAUCCCACAGUCACCUCUUUCCCCAAUGUUUAAUGGAGGUGGCCGUUAUCUUCUGUCCUCUCCAGCCAGUCCUGGCGCAAUGUCUGUGGGAUCUAGUUAUGAAAACACUACUCCUCCUUUUUCUCCUAUUUCAUCCCCCUCAAUCUCCAGCAGUUCUUGCACUCAUAUGGACACUGCUAACUCUUCUGUGCCUUCACAUUCAACUUACUACAAUAAUACAGUCCAGCCCCCAGUUCCCCAGCCACGCCAAUCAGCAGCUCGGAUUGGCACUAGCAAUGGUGGGCGAAAGAUACAGGAAAGUCCUCGAUUUCCUAGGAAAGGCUUGACUGAAGCUCCUGUAGCCAGUUUCCGUGGCCAGUACCAGGACGUUCAGGUCAGAGGAGUUUCAGAAGUCCCAUUUUCAGUCCUGGGUUUCUCUGGAGAUGCAGCCAGGGACAACUGUAUCCUGACUUCCAGUUCCUCUGCCUCCUCAAGCCCUAGAUCAAGUGCAGGCUCAACUUUCCAGGAGAUGUCUUCAGCUGAUGGAAUUCAAUCCAUUCAGCCAAACUCACGUUCACUAGGUCCUCCAGUCAGAGAACGCCCCCCUCCCAGCCCCUCUACUCCACGUCGUGUGCUGCAGGGAGUCCCGGUCCUACCUGGAGCCCUAACGGGGGCAUCCCUCACAGCUCGAGGCCAGACAGGAAAGGGUGUACCAGAGAGCCCUCGACAGCACAGACGAGUCACAAUGGGAGAUGAUGCUGCUGGAGCAAGGGGAAUACGGGCAAGGAGCCCUUCUCCUGUGUCUGCUGUCCUAAAGGACCACAAUAGUAGCAGUGGGAGGCAAAAGGGGAGUGUUGAAGUUAAACAAAUUCCAGGAUUAAGUACAUAUGUUGGUGUUUCUCCCCUCACCAGCCCACGUAGUCAGAGGAAGAACCCAGGAGAACCAUGGAUUAUCCAACCCAGGGCACGGGAACGUAAGAACAGCAUUUCAGAAAUCAAUGACAAUGAGGACGAACUGCUGGAAUACCAUCGCUGGCAACGGGAUGAGAGGAUAAAAGAGCAAGAAAUGGAACGACUGGAAAGACAAAGGCUAGAGACCAUUAUGAGCCUGUGUGCUGAGUAUAAUAAAGGGGACCCUGUGGUAAACAUGGAGACGGGGAGGGCAGGUCAGUUCCCUGGGACAGAGGUCCAGAGACCUGGCCCCGACCUGGUAGGCGUGGCAGUUCAGCGCUCACAUGCUCCUCAACUGGGAGAGUGCGAUGACGAGAACAUGAAAGAGGAGUGUAGCAGCACUGAGAGUCAGCACCAGGAGCAUGAGGACACUGUCGGUAUGGGGCAGCAGGAGCUGGGUUAUCUAGUGGAGGAGCGGGUCAGGAUUCUAGCUCGAGUAGAGGAGCUUAAAGCUCGGGUCACUGAACUGGAGCAGCAGCUACAGGAUUCCAGACAAGAGGCUGAGAUGGAGCGGGCAUUGCUGCAGGGGGAGAGGAGAGCUGAGUUAGAUCAAGUGGAGGCAGAAUUAGAGAUUAUCAAUCAGAUUCAGCUCAAAAUGAGUGACGUGGAGAAAACUACCCAGAGAGAGAAAGAAAAGGGGAGGGCUAAUGUCUCAGCUGAACGUGAUGUCCUGGCCAGGUUGAGGGAUGGUUACAGUGAGCUGAAGAGCCAGCUUCACAAAUGCCCUGAGUCUCUGAGGGAGCAGUUACAAGAACAGCUUGCCAGGAAGGCCGAGGCUCUGGAGUCUUGCGCAAAACGCUUUGAGGACCUUGAGUUUCGCCAGCUGGAGUGCGAGAGCAGUUUAGAGGAGGAGAAGGAGACAGUCAGCCGGCAGCUGCUCCAGGAGAAGGCAGAGUAUCAACGCAGCGUGGCCAAGAGGAAGGAGAAAAUGGCUGUCCUUGAGAUACAUGCCAAUCAGCUUGGUGUGCAGGCAGUCCAGGAUUGUGAGAGGAUGGCGAAAGACCGAACCGUGGCCCUGCAAAUGUUGCAAAAGGAGAAGGAGAGACUGGCUACCCUUGAAAGGAGAUACCAAAGUUUGACUGGAGGGAAGACUUUCCCCAAUUCCUCUAACACCAUGCAGGAGGAUGUUCUACAUAUCAGCGAAUCUGACCUUUCCUGUGAAGUCCUUAUCCAGCAUCCCCCUCUGCCUUCUCCAUACAUUCAAAGCGCCACCUCUCAUUGCUGUCCUAUCAGGCCUCAGGAGGAGUACCUCAGACUUUCAGAUGUAUUUAAGAUGUAUGGUAGUGGUUGUGUCCCAACUCAAGCCACUUCUUUUGCCCCUACCACUUCCUGCCUUUCUCUUGCUGUUACACCAGAUACCCCUUGUGAGGAGUAUGUGACAGUUAGUCAGUUAAACCAGCUCUUCGGGAUGCACAUGGUUGAUCCCUCCACAACGGCUCCUGUCCAAUCAUUCCAAGCUAUAGUAGCUGACCCUGUCCUCUCUAGCCACAUGUCACAAUGUGACGCUGCCCAGUCUCUUUCUACUGAGGCUGAGAGGAACAGGCCUUUGGUUUCCAGGCUGGAUUUAGAGCGCUGGUACCAGGACAUAAUGGCAAUUGGGGAUACUAGCCAUGCUUGUCCUCCCCCUCUUCCAGCUAAGUCUUUCUCUACACGCAGACCCAUGCAGAUGUACAGGUGUACACAGGAUAAAGCAAAUAGUACAUCUACACAACCUGGAGUUACAGGCAGAAACACUCCAACCAAGAGCCUCCCUGACCUCUCAACCCCUCAUCUGGAAACAGAUUUCAAGAAACUUGCUCUUGAAGACAAAGGGUUCCAAACAUGUGAUGACUCCAGAUUUCUCACCACUGAACUGAAACCAAGGCACGAACUGGACCAACAAUGCCACUGGGGGGUGCCACAGGGCUCUCAAUCCCAGUUAAAUGGCCCAUUCCCUGCUACCCCGGUCCAAGAGGUGCACCAUUCCAUUCUGCACCAUCAAGCACCCCCUUCAGGUGGCCCAGCAUACGACACGCUCAGUCUGGAGAGCUCUGACAGCGUGGAGACCAGUGUAUCCACUGGAAACAACUCCACCUGUUCACCAGAAAGUGGUAGCGGCCUGGCUGGGCUGAGGCUGGAGGAAAUAGAGAAGAUGCUGAAGGAGGCUCAACAGGAAAAAGCCAGACUAGUGGAGAGUCGUGAGAGGGAGGUGCAGGCACGAAGGCAGAUGCUGGAGGAGGAGAGGAAGAGACGAGAGGAGGUGGAGAGGAGGCUGCAGGAAGAGACUGCACAUCGGCAGAGAUUAGUAGAGGAGGAGGUCAAGAUGAGAGAAAAGCAAAGCUCUCAGGCUCGACCAAUGACUCGCUACCUGCCAAUCAGAAAGGAGGAGUUUGACCUGCGCUCCCAUGUGGAGUCGGCAGGCCACUGCAUAGACACCUGUGCCUACGUCAUCGUCUCUGAGAAAAUGUGCAAAGGCCACCUGGUGAAGAUGGGUGGCAAAAUAAAAUCAUGGAAGAAGCGCUGGUUCGUGUUUGACCGCCUGAAAAGGACCUUCGCCUAUUAUGUCGAUAAGCAUGAGACCAAGUUGAAAGGGGUCAUCUACUUCCAGGCCAUCGAGGAAGUUUAUUACGACCACCUACGCAGUGCCACUAAGAGUCCGAAUCCCUCCUUAACCUUCUGUGUGAAGACGCACGACCGGCUGUACUUUAUGGUGGCCCCAUCCCCAGAGGCCAUGCGAAUUUGGAUGGAUGUCAUAGUAACAGGCGCUGAGGGCUACACACAGUUUAUGACCUGAGGGAAAGCUGACUGAAUUUCGAGCCGUAAGAGAGCGUAACUGUGGGCAGGACUUGUCUAAUAACACGUCAGUUUUCUGAGAAGACUGAACUUUUUAGUGACAUUUCACCUUCAGACAUGCUGCAUCAGCCUACACUGACCGAUGAGUAGCUUUCAGAUCAGAGCGAUUUUUCUAAGAAUGCAUAUUAUUCAGAAGAGGACAGGGUUCUCUUGUUGGUGCUUAAAACAAACCAGUCACAGAGAAAGACUAUUAUACAGCUAAAUAUUUUUUAAAUAUUAUAUUCUUUGUGUAAUAUAUUACCACUGUUUGACUAUCUAUGGCAACAGUUCCUUGUAUUUACUUUGUUUUGCACACUUUUGAAAUAAUGAAAAAAAGAAGACAAAUUUUACUUUUACUUUUUUAAUGCAAAGUAUUUAAAAGCAAUUUUGCUUUCUAAGACCUGAUUAGAGAUUUAAAUAUUGACAUUUAUUUUUUCUAUUAACAGUGAGAAUAGUACUCAAACUGUAAUAAUAUUUCUUAUUAAUUUCAUGUUGAGGAAGUACAACUUAGAGUAUCAAUUCCAGGUUAUGCAAAAAAUAAUGUGUCAGUUACAGACUGUGGUUAUAAGAAAAAAGCUACUAUUAUUAUUGACCUUAUUUGAUUAUGAAAUUCUGUUCUAAAUAAAAGGCUAGAACUCCCA